UAUCAUUUAUGUGAACUAGUUAAUUUACAUCAACUUUCCAAAUAAACCAACUGAUUCAAAUGAAUCUUGAGUUCCCACUAAACCUAAAUGAUCAUUUAUUUUUACUGGUUUUUUACAUGAAAGAACAGAUUCACUUAAAUUAUUCAAGGUUCCCAGUGCUACAUGAGAGUUUUGUCCUCAACACUGGAAUACAUUCACUAUAUCCAGAAGUAUAAUUAUUUGUCAUGGUAAUCAAGCACCUUCAAAUUGAAAACCAAAACUGAAAGUAUUUCUGUGGUAUGUGUGCACAUGUUUUUGUUGUGUGUUUGAUGUGGGCGGUCAUGUGAACUAGUAGAAGAGUUUCUGUUUUUUUUUCAUUGACAGUAAAUGACCUGAUGAGCAUAAAGACUCCUGAAGAUCUGAAUAUCACUGAGAAACAUAACUUUUUACACAGGUAAGGACACGCUGUUAUGAUGUUGUGUCAAGUACACAGAUUACAGCAAAGUAUGUGUGAGUGCGUGUGUGUUGAGUAUAUGUGCUGAACAAAUGUGUCUGGUAUGCUGGUAACAAUUGAAUGAAUCAGUGUUGUGAAAGAUGUAGUCGUUAAGUUUUGGCUUUAUCUUUCUGCCCGAACUUGCUUGUACUCAUCUAUUUAAUUGUGUACAUGUGUGAGUGUUAACAGACUCUUAAUGUGACGGCAAGAUGACAGACGUGUGCAUCACCAUAGAGCCAGACUUCUGUGAGUCAGUGGAAGACACUGGUGAACUUUCAGCACAUGAGUUUACGUGUCACUGUUGCUAUGAAGUCCUCGUAGAUCCCACUACACUGAACUGUGGACACAGUUUCUGUCGGCAUUGUCUGGCACUGUGGUUGCAUUCCUCUCAACGGACCGAAUGUCCAGAAUGCAGAGAGAGAUGGCAGGGGUUUCCCAAAGUCAACAUUCUCCUCAGGGACAUGGUGGAGAAGAAGUUUCCCGCUGAUGUAAGCAGACGGAGGUCAGCUGUUCAGAGUGACCCGCGGUUCCGUCAUGUUCUCCAGGCGUUCCAGCAGUACGGACAGACGCUGACCCGUCACGUACCUGUAUCAAUAGUCCUACAGCAAGCUGUACGAAACGGCUUUUAUUCUGGAGUCCUAAUGGCGCUGAUCUGUGUAGGGGUGUUGUUUUUACGGUAUCACUGGACCAGUGCUGAUUCUGAUCAUGACGCCUUGAUCCGGAAACCAAUCAGCAGGUGGAAUGCUGAUGAUGUCAAUCUGUGGGUGGAGCAUCUGGGUCCCUGGACCAAUCAGUACAGAGAAACGUUCCACAGAGGACGAAUCAAAGGCAGUUUAUUGACUCGUCUCGGGGAUGAAGAACUGUCUGCUGCUCCGUUCAGGAUUGAGAAUCCGUCACACAGACGAGUCAUAUUAGAGGAAAUCCAGAGAAUCAAAGACCUCGGAGUUAAACUUCCACAGAACCUCUGGGAAUACAAGGCGGCGAAUUUCGGAAAGUCCCUAUUUCUGCUGAUUGGUCUGAGAGACUUUCCACGUCUCACUCUGCUUUACAUGUACCUGUUUGAUUAUGACGACACCUUUCUUCCCUUCAUACACACCUGCUGCCCUGCACACACAAACAACACAGAGCAGGACGUCCUACCUGAUAACAUGCUGCAGGAGCCGAGCUGGCGUCAGUGGGUGCAGUUUCUGGUCAAGUACGCUCUGUUGCCGUAUCAGCUGCUGAUGGACUUUGCAUGGGAUUGGCUGAGUGUUCAUUACUGGACGUCACGGUUUGUCAUUGUUAAUGCUGCAAUACUGUCACUUCAUGACUUUUACUUCUGGACACUGUGGAGGACAGGACAGAUGAGGAUGCUCCUUAAGAGUAUGUGGGAGAUGCUGUGGUUUGUGCUGCUGUGGCCUGUGGUCCCUCAAUGCAUCUGUAACUUCGUGUUCUACUGUGGACUCUAUUUCAGCCCAAUCAUUCAUAUAAUACUGAUGGUUAAAAUAUGUAGGAAUCCAGAUUUACUGCGGCACUAG